CCGCUGCCUCCGCCGCCGCCGCAGCCGCAGCCGCAGCGGGCACAGAGCAGGUAGAUGGCCCCCCCAGGGCAGGCCCUGCGGACACCCCUCCCUCCGGCUGGCGGAUGCAGUGCCUAGCGGCUGCUCUUAAGGACGAAACCAACAUGAGUGGGGGAGGGGAGCAGGCCGACAUACUGCCGGCCAACUACGUGGUCAAGGAUCGCUGGAAGGUGCUGAAAAAGAUCGGAGGCGGGGGCUUUGGUGAGAUCUACGAGGCCAUGGACCUGCUGACCAGGGAGAAUGUGGCCCUCAAGGUGGAGUCAGCCCAGCAGCCCAAGCAGGUUCUCAAGAUGGAGGUGGCUGUGCUCAAAAAGCUGCAAGGGAAAAGCCACGUGUGCAGGUUCAUUGGCUGUGGCCGGAAUGAGAAGUUUAAUUACGUAGUGAUGCAGCUCCAGGGCCGGAACCUGGCCGACCUGCGCCGCAGCCAGCCUCGAGGCACCUUCACGCUGAGCACCACGCUGCGGCUGGGCAAGCAGAUCUUGGAGUCCAUCGAGGCCAUCCACUCCGUGGGCUUCCUGCAUCGGGACAUCAAGCCGUCAAACUUUGCCAUGGGCAGGCUGCCCUCCACCUACAGAAAGUGCUACAUGUUGGACUUCGGGCUGGCGCGGCAGUACACCAACACCACGGGGGACGUCCGGCCCCCCCGGAAUGUGGCCGGGUUUCGAGGGACUGUUCGUUAUGCCUCAGUCAAUGCCCACAAGAACCGGGAGAUGGGCCGCCAUGAUGACCUGUGGUCCCUUUUCUACAUGCUGGUGGAGUUUGCAGUGGGCCAGUUGCCCUGGAGGAAGAUCAAGGACAAGGAGCAGGUAGGGAUGAUCAAGGAGAAGUAUGAGCACCGAAUGCUGCUGAAGCACAUGCCUUCCGAGUUCCACCUCUUCCUGGACCACAUCGCCAGCCUCGACUACUUCACCAAGCCUGAUUACCAGUUGAUCAUGUCGGUGUUUGAGAAUAGCAUGAAGGAACGGGGCAUCGCUGAGAAUGAGGCCUUUGACUGGGAGAAGGCGGGCACCGAUGCCCUCCUGUCCACGAGCACCUCCACUCCACCCCAGCAGAACACCCGGCAGACGGCAGCCAUGUUUGGGGUGGUCAACGUGACGCCAGUGCCUGGGGACCUGCUCCGGGAGAACACUGAGGACGUGCUGCAGGGCGAGCACCUGAGCGACCAGGAGAACGCACCUCCAAUCUUGCCUGGCCGACCCUCUGAGGGGCUAGGUCCCAGCCCCCACCUGGCCCCCCACCCUGGGGGUCCUGAGGCUGAAGUCUGGGAGGAGACGGAUGUCAACCGGAACAAACUCCGGAUCAACAUCGGCAAAACCCCUUGUGUGGUGGAAGAGGAACAGAGCCGAGGUGUGGGGGUCCCUAGCUCCCCAGUGCGUGCCCCUCCAGACUCACCGACAACCCCCGUCCGUUCUCUUCGCUACCGGAGGGUCAACAGCCCUGAGUCUGAGAGGCUUUCCACAGCCGACGGGCGGGUGGAACUGCAUGAGAGAAGGUCACGGAUGGAUCUGCCCGGCUCUCCCUCGCGCCAGGCCUGCUCCUCGCAGCCGGCCCAGAUGCUGUCAGUGGACACAGGCCACCCCGACCGGCAGGCCAGCGGCCGCAUGGACGUGUCGGCCUCCGUGGAACAGGAGGCCCUCAGCAACGCCUUCCGCUCUGUGCCACUGGCUGAGGAGGAGGACUUUGACAGCAAGGAGUGGGUCAUCAUUGACAAGGAGACGGAGCUCAAGGACUUCCCCCCAGGGGCCGAACCCAGCACAUCGGGUACCACGGAUGAGGAGCCUGAGGAGCUGCGGCCACUGCCUGAGGAGGGCGAGGAGCGGCGGCGGCCAGGGACAGAGCCAACCGUCAGGCCCCGGGGCCGAGGUGUGCAUACCCUGGCUGAGGAGGACCUUCGGCAGACUCCAUUCCAGUCCCCACCACCCCAGCUGAGCCAGGCGGAAGGCCGGUCAGAGACGUCGCAGCCUCCCACGCCCGGCAGCCCUUCCCACUCGCCACUGCACUCGGGACCCCGCCCUCGACGGAGAGAGUCGGAUCCCACGGGCCCGCAGAGACAGGUGUUCUCCGUGGCGCCCCCGUUUGAGGUCAAUGGUCUCCCGCGAGCUGUGCCUCUGAGCCUGCCCUACCAGGACUUCAAGAAAGAUCUCUCUGAUUACCGAGAACGGGCUCGGUUGCUCAACAGGGUCCGGAGGGUGGGCUUCUCCCACAUGCUGCUCACCACCCCCCAGGUACCACUGGCUCCUGUUCAGCCUCAAGCUAAUGGGAAGGAUGAAGAGGAAGAGGAGGAGGAAGAAGAGGAGGAGGAAGAGGAGGAGGAAGAGGAGGAGGAGGAGGAGGAGGAGGAAGAGGAGGAGGAGGAGGAAGAGGAGGAGGAAGAGGAGGAAGAGGAAGAGGAGGAGGAGGAGGAGGAGGAAGCAGUGGCUCUAGGGGAGGUGCUGGGGCCUCGCAGUGGCUCUAGCAGUGAGGGGAGUGAAAGGAGCACAGACCGGAGUCAGGAGGGUGCCCCAUCCACGCUGCUGGCUGACGACCAGAAGGAGUCCAGGGGCCGGGCCUCCAUGGCUGACGGGGACCUGGAGCCGGAGGAGGGCUCCAAAACGCUGGUGCUCGUCUCCCCUGGUGACAUGAAGAAGUCGCCCGUCACUGCCGACCUGGCCCCCGACCCUGACCUGGGCACUCUGGCUGCCCUCACUCCUCAGCAAGAGCGGCCCCAGCCCACUGGCAGCCAGCUGGACGUGUCUGAGCCGGGCACCCUGUCCUCUGUCCUCAAGUCUGAGCCCAAGCCCCCUGGACCUGGGACGGGGCAGGGGGCCGGGGCAGUGACCACAGGGGCGGGAGGGGUGGCCGUCACCUCCUCACCCUUCACCAAAGUUGAGAGGACCUUUGUGCACAUUGCGGAGAAAACCCACCUCAACGUCAUGUCUUCCGGCGGACAAGCGACCCGGCCUGAGGAGCUGGGCGCUGGGGGUGAACUGGGCCUGGAGGCGCCCUCUGAUGGGAGGGCUGUGGAGGAGGGGGCCUCCCUGCCCCUAGAGAACGGCAUUGCCCAGUCAGGGCUGGAGAGCGGUGCUCUGGCUAGCCCUCCCGGGGACACCCCCCCGGAGGUGGCCACAGACUCACUGCCCAGUGGCCCAGCCCUUGCCAACGGGCCAACUCCAGUGUCCCCGCUGGAGCCAGGCCCCGAGAAACUGGCCACCAUCUCCCCCAGCCGCCACGCCAUGGCAGGCGCUCGCCCCAGGAGCCGGAUCCCUGUCCUGCUGUCUGAGGAGGACACAGGCUCGGAGCCCUCAGGUUCCCUGUCGGCCAAAGAGCGGUGGGGCAAGAGGGUCCGGCCACAGCAGGACCUGGCGCGGCUGGUGAUGGAGAAGAGGCAGGGCCGCCUGCUCUUGCGGCUGGCCUCCGGGGCCUCGUCCUCCUCCAGUGAGGAGCAGCGCCGGGCUUCAGAGACGCUCUCCGGCACUGGCUCCGAGGAGGACACGCCUGCCUCGGAGCCUGCUGCCCCCAGGAAGGCUGGGCGGGCAGCCGCCACCCGGAGCCGGAUUCCCCGUCCCAUCAGCAUCCGCAUGCCCACGCCUGCCGCAGCCCAGCAGCCUUCUGCUGCCAGCAGACCCCAUGGCGCUGCCCCCGCCUCCGACACAGCCAUCACCAGCAGGCUCCAGUUGCAGAAGCCUCCAGGGUCGGCCGUCGCUGCUGAUCUCCGCCCCAAACAGCCCCCCGGCCGGGGCCCAGGGCCCGGGAGAGCCCCAGCCGGCACCAGGCCCCCUGCCCCGCGCAGUCCAGGCCCCUCCGCCCCUGCCGCGCCGCGCCACCCCAGCGCGUCCCCCCGGAGCCAGUCCCUGUCCCGCAAGGAGAGCUCCUCCCCCUCGCACCAGGCCCGGCCCACUGGGCCCCCGCCUCGGGGCGCCCCGCAGGCCCGGGCCCAGCCUGAUGGCACCCCCUCCCCGGGGGGGCCCAAGAAAGGACCCAGAGGGAAACUCCAGACUCAGCGCGCAGCAACCAAAGGCCGGGCGGGGGUUGCGGAGGGCCGGGCUGGGGCCAGAUAAUGACGCGCGCGGCUCUCCGCGGCCCCCCACCCUCACCCCGGCCCCCCACCCGCAGCCGGCCACACUGAAACAGCUCCCAGCACAGCCUUACGCGCCUGACGCGCGCCACCCGCGGCCCCAGCUUCCCGCCUGCACCCGCGAGGACGCGCGCCAGCACUCGCCGCGCCCGCCCCCCGGCCGGGCCGGAGGGGGGCGCCGCGCCGCGGGGGGAGGGCCCAACCCCCGUCCUCUGCCCCAUCUCCGUGACCCCUGCCCUCCCCCUGCCGCCCUUCGGGUGGGGCAGGCUCACCCUUGGCCCCGGGGAAGGCUCAGCCACUUUUUCACCGAGGACUCCAGUAAUGGGGACGCCCUCCCCCACCCCUUCGCCCACCCGCCAGGCCUCUGCUGCUCUCCGUGCUCCUCCAGGGACCUCUGCUUACACCACCUGCGGCGCCUUCCCCUCUUCCCGGCCUUCUUCCAGCCCAAGCCCACCUGCACGGAAAGGCAGCCUCAAAUUCCGGAAGUGGAAGUUCCAGCCAACCCCACAAUCUCCUGGGAGCUGUGGUGGUCCCCUUAGCUACCAGGCUGGGGUUGGGGAGCUGGGACCUAGGGACCACUGGUCUACUCAGGUGUGAGAGGGCAGGUCUGACCAGCCCAAAUUCAGCUCCAUCCUGGACACCCCUGUGGGAGGUAGUGGGCAGGUGAUUGGGGGGCUGCUCUCCUGUACCCCCAGAGUGCAAAGUUUUCCUCCCCAUAAAUUUGGGUGGGUCCUCAGUUGGAACCGUAGAGUGUGUGUGUGGGCUGCCUUCCUGGGCACAUGUUUCCCAAUGGGAAGUUGGAGGGGGGCUUUAAAAAAGGUUUCACCCUCUCCCUUGGCCUCCUGAUCUAGUGCUCAGGACCCCUCACCAUCAGGAAUUCCUUCUUGCCAUCUAACCUCAACCCUGCCGGCUGCAGUUUCAGCCAACCUCCCUCUCUCUUGAGUUCAGUGGAGGUGGAGAAUGGCUGGUUUUCAUCUUCUCUGCACUGGCCAUUUAGAGAUUCAGGGACUCAGUUCUGGCCGGGUCACACUUUCUGUCCUCCUGGGGAUGGGGAGGAGGCUGGAUCAGACCAUCAUCUUCCCCAGUGGGUAGAGAAAGCAGAAACAGGCAGGUAGACAGCUGGCCCCUGGACUCAAGGUGGAAAGGCCUUUCUAACUUCCAGAUUGUGUGCUUGUGUGAUGGGUCCGACCCAAGUCCCCUUCUCCCCCAGCUCACCCUUCAGCCUGUCCCUUCUUGUACUAACCCCAGCCCAUGCAGCUGAGCUGUCCCUGCAGAGGGUGAGGGCUGUGGUGCUCCAUGAAUGGAUAUGGGGCUUCCUCUGGGUCUGGCUCCUACAUAGCUCAUCCCACCUCAUCACAAGCCUCAACUGCC